AAAAUCGAAUUAGGGUUUAGCCAUCUCUCCGAUAUGGUUGGAGCCGCCGCGAUUUCGGAACCUUCCGGCGAAGGAAUUGGAUCGAACAGCAUUCUCUCGCGAAAAAGACAACUUUCUUCAAGUGAUGGAGCCAAGAGAGACGCUAAGAAACGCUCGACGAUGCUAAUGGAUCUGGAGAUUCUCGAUUGUCCAAUUUGCUACGAAGCUUUCACAAUUCCUAUCUUCCAGUGUGAUAAUGGACAUUUGGCUUGUGCUUCUUGCUGUCCCAAACUGAAUAAUAAAUGCCCUGCUUGUGCUUUGCCUGUUGGCCACAAUCGUUGCAGAGCAAUGGAGAGUGUUCUUGAAUCGAUCUUGAUCCCAUGUCCGAACGCCAAGUUUGGAUGCAGCAAGAACGUAUCUUAUGGGAAAGAAUCAACUCAUGAAAAGGAAUGUAUGUUCUCUCAAUGCUCCUGCCCUGCAUUGGAUUGCAGUUACACCGGAUCAUACAAUGAUCUAUACACUCACUAUGUUACUACCCACAGUGGCAUGGAAUUAUACCAGCUUCAUAAGUUCAAUUGUGACAUUUCCUUUACUGUCCGGAUGAACAUCAGCGAAAAGAUAUUAAUUAGAACGGAAUACUUGACGAAUCAUUUGUUUGCAGUGCAGUGUUUCAGGGAGCCGUACGGUGUGUAUGUAACUGUAAGCUGCAUUGCACCAUCUGCUCCAGGAUUAAGACAGUUCUCAUAUGAUCUCUCUGACACUGUGGAUGGCCACACUGUGAUUUACAAAUCACCUGAGGUGAAGAGGGUUCUUAAACUGAAUUUUCAAACCCCGCAAGAGAAUAUCAUGUUGAUCCCGAACAGUUUAUUGCGUGGUGAAAUGUUGGAGAUGAGGAUUUGUGUCAAGAAGUUGAACCAAGAGUAAGAAGGUUGGGGUAUUCCUAUGGAAACUCUAUCUAUCUCGUUUGUUUUUCUUAUCCCGCCCAUUGUCGUUAUACUUGAUGAGGAUUGUAACUCGUUUGAUUAUGUAUUUAGUGUAAUGUUAGACGUUUGGUGGAAUCUCACCAACAACACAUUGCAAAAUUUCUCCAAUCUAAAUUCUAAGCUAUAACUUAUGCAUUGGCCAACAAUGGAGUAUAUUUUUCUUUGGUUUGGUUAGUUUUCUUAAUGCCUAAGAUUCGUGGCUAUGGAAAAAACGAUAAACUGUAUACACUUUU